GGAGGGGCGUAUAAGAACACAAAGAUGACACAAGUCCACAGUCUGGCAGAAUUUACAGAGAGUCCUUGGCUCUGAUCGGCAGACAUGGACAAGUACGACGGAGAACUCAGUCCCAGAGAGCGAGAACGGCUGAAGAACCGGCGGGACAGCGACUCCAAGGCGGCACAACUGGCCAAGAUGGAGAAGUUGAUGCAGCAGACCAAAGACCUGAUGGACAAAAGGACAGAGUCCGGGUCGGAGAAGGUCCAAGAGAACCUGGUGGAGGACCUGGAGGAGAAGGUGCGCUCCAGCCGGCGUCACAGGAGGAACUCUCUGCACCAGACUCAGAUGCUGGAGAGCCAGAUGAAGACGGUGAAGGGGGAGCUGGUGGGGACCUUGGACCACCUCCAGGAGCUGCGCAACGUCCUGCAGCGCUCGCAGCAGAAGGCCGAGGAGCGCAAGGUGGCCAUGGAGAAACUGGCGGCCGGCCUCAGGUGAACACCAGAGAAACUGGCGGCCGGCCUCAGGUGAACACCAGAGAAACUGGCGGCCGGCCUCAGGUGAACACCAGGAGCUUCUGGGACAAACUCACUGACCACAGACUUUUGCCACAAACCUUCUUCUGGAGAAAUAAAUGCAACAAAAGACA